GCGUCCACUGAUUCUCGCAGGACCAGCGUUCAGAGAAGCCUCGUUGGUUAUUACACUUGCAGCACAGAUCAGUGUUACCGUUUAGGGUUGUGCUUUGUCACGUUAACAUUGUUUAAAAAAUAAUGGCCCAUUACGAAGAAGUAAAUGUGCACGGGUAUGAUGAAUUCUGUCGGGCUGUGUCUGAGAGAAAAGGGAAGGAUAUCUUUGCUUAUUUUUCGGGGGAUAAAGACGAGAAGGGAAAGAGCUGGUGUCCAGAUUGUGUCAAAGCCGAGCCAGUUGUUAGAGGAGUGUUGAGUCACCUUCCUGAGGGCUCGGUCUUCAUCUACUGCCAAGUUGGAGAAAGAGCCUAUUGGAAGGAUCCAAAUAAUGAUUUCAAGAAGACGCUGAAGUUGACCGGUGUUCCCACACUGUUGCGAUACGGCACACCUCAGAAGUUGGUGGAGGAGGAAUGCUUUAAAGCAGACCUGGUGAAAAUGAUGUUCACUGAGGACUGAGGGAUGCUGCGCUGCUUUCAUCACUCAUCGAGAUUUUUUUUUUUUUUUGUUACAGCAAUUUCAUUAUACAAAUCUAACAGAAAACAUUAAACUUCUCCCACUCUGAUUCUGAUAGCAAUCAGAAAACAAUAACCAUCCUUUCAAAUAUUUAAUUACAUGCUGUGAUAGCUUUGAGAUGCACAUUUUACUUGCUAUUGUCUGUGUGCUCUCAGUCUAUGGUGAACUGUAAUUUAAUGCUCAUAUGUUUCUUCUGAUGCACACUAAUUGGUGGUAAGCCAUUUAAAUUUUUUUUUUUUGAUUUAUUGUGACCAUUGUGUUUAAUUUUGUUGCCAUGGCCUUAAAUGAAGUGAUAUUUGUGUGAGUAAUUGUUUGGACUCUUCAUGCGUUCUCUCACAUACUGUACGUCUGACUGUGUUUUUGCUGUACUGUGGUGGUGAUGGACAUACAUGGCAAAGUUUCAACUGCA